UUGGCUCUCAGGGCCCGUUGGCCAAAAGGUGCCGCGGGUCCCUGCUGUCCGGUGAAUGCAGUGAGGUCAUGCGACUUCUGGCUUUGGCAUGCCUGCUGGUGCAUGCGGGCGCCCUGGGCAUUGAAGAGCUGGCGGCCCUUGCGCCGGAGGAUUCCACAUUUGGCUUCUAGGCGCCGACCCCGGCACCGACCCCCGACGAGGGCUCCGAGCUGGAAGCUGCCGACGGGGCCGACGAGGGCGACGAGGUUCUUGCUGGCGAGUCCAGCAGGACGAAGCUCGUAGCCUUGCAGGAGGCUGCUACCACCAAGAAGGUCCAAAGCGCCCAGACCAUUCAGACGGUCCAACCUGCCCAGCCUGCCCAGCCUGCCCAGCCUGCCCAGCUUGUCCAGCCCGUCAAGACGUCCUUGGUGUCAAGCGCCACUGCAUCACAGGCUGAGAAGGAUGCGCAGCCGUAUGGCCCUGGAGCUUGCGUCCGGUCCUUCAAGAACCUGACGACCAAGACCUGCAUGGUGAAGACGGAUUGCCAGGCGGCAGCAGGCUUCCGGGAGUUUGACGUGGGCUUCCGCUGCGCCCAGGCCUGUGAUGGAUGUGAGGAGAAGGCUGUGGUGCACCUCUUUGGUGCUGGCUCCUUCGCCCCCCAGGAGACCUACGACAGCAAGGUCCUGUGCGGCAAGUGCUUGCCGCUGGAGGAUGCUGCCACGGUGGACGGCCUUGCUCAAGAAGUCAUUUCGCUGAGGCAGCAUCUUGCUGCGGUGACUUCCUCCAUGCAAGAGUUGCAGACGAAGGUCACUUCUGCGCUGCAGCUCCGAGGCGGCCAGACCCGCUGAGCUGGGUCACGACCGUGCCAGCGACAGAGAG